AUGUCAUUACACGAUCCCAUAUCACGAAAAAGAGAAGUCGAGUUAGACUCAAAUACUAUUGAGGAGUUUCGAAAUAAAAGGAUGAAGGGCACAGACUUGUCAUCACCAGCACCAUCUUCAAAAAAAGUUGCAACAAAAGCAACGCCAGCAUCUUCAUCGGACAGCGAGUUUUCAGAGAAAAUGUAUCAUCAAUAUGUUAAAUCAGCUUUUGCAGCACUUGAAAAGAACGAUUCUUUGCAAAUUGAUACAAUUACCGAUAAGAUUAGUCUACCCAGGACCAGUUCAACUGCCAUUUCACUACCUCAUUUUAGUAUCAUUUUAAAGGCAUUAAUUAGCAACACAUCGCGGCUCGAUAAUAGAGCUUGCAACAAUAUGGUUCUUGCAAUUCUCCGAUAUGACUGGUUGGAUAAAGGCAAUACAAGCGACGGGGAGUACUCAAUAUUUGCAGAUUUGUAUUCCCAUUUCUUAUCAGUCUUGGUGAGCACCAUGCCCAAGUUUCUCACCGAGGUGAUGAACAAAUUAGUGCGUGAGUUUGAAAGUAUUUCGUCUUUGCAAGAUAAUUCAAAAUACCACCAUACAGUUUUGCAAAAAAUUCUUAAAUAUAUACCAACAAGCAUCAACUCAUUGCCACAGAUUUUACAGAGCAAUUUCCCACCACACUUUUCUUCCUCAACAGUAGAGGUUAUGAAUUAUGUUGACAACUUGUUGAGAAUUGUAGACUAUGCUCCAGAGCUACAGUUUAGCGUAUGGCAACUCAUUAUUGAAUGUUGCAUCAAGCUUGACGUAGAGUUACAGAAUGAGUUGGAUGACUUAGAUGAUGAUGAGAUUGAACAACUUAUACAGGGCAAGGAAGAAGAUAUGGAAUUAUUGGAGGACUCAGAUAAUGGAGAAGAAGAAGAAGAAGAAGAAGAAGAAGGAGAAGAGGAGGAAGAAGAUAAUGACGAUGAGGAACAAAGAGAUGAAGAAGAUCUCGAAAAGGAUAAUCUAGAGGAGAACGAGGACGACAACGUAGCCGAUGGCGAGGUUGAGUGGGUAGACCCAGAGAAUUCAACACAGAGGAUAAAGAUGUUGUCCUCCAAACUAGACAAUAUAGUACAAUUUUUAUUGACAAAAACCGCACCUUCCUUUACUAAUGAGGAAAUAAGUAAUGGUAACGGAGUUACUCUUUUUAACACUAUAAAUUCUUUGUUCAAAAGUCAUAUUUUGCCAACGCAUUUUACAAAGCUGAUUCAAUUCUUGUUAUUCCAUAUAACUCAGUUCCAACCGGAAUUAGCCGACUCGUUUUUGGUGCUUCUCAUUGAUGUCGCAUUUAAUCCUUCUGAAAUACUUGAAAAGAGACUCAAAGCAAUGCAGUACUUGUCGUCAUAUAUUGCUCGUGCUAAGAACCUUUCACGCCAUCAAAUCGUAUUUAUUGUCAGUUACUUAAUGGGAUGGAUUAACAAGUAUAUCAUGGAGAGGGAGCAAGAGGCAUUAGAAUUUCAGAACAACAAGAACAAAACUACGAGCAGAAAUGAUAAUAGAAAUCACAAUACAAAUCAAUCGCAGCAACAAACAGGGGGGAUGGAGAGAUUUAAAUUAUUCUACUCAGCAUUCCAAGCAUUACUCUAUAUCUUUUGUUUCAGACAUGAAACAUUACGAAAGCAAAAUACCGCUGUAGGCCCAUCGAACUCAGAAUGGGAGUGUGAGAUUGAUAAAUUCUUUCAGCGUGUGAUUAUUGCAAAAUUCAACCCAUUAAAAUUUUGCGACGAAACAGUGGUUUACAUAUUUGCCAAAUUGGCUACCAAGUUGAAUGUAUGCUAUUGCUACUCGAUAAUUGAGCACAACAAGCGCGAAAGGAUACUUCAAACCAACGGAACCUUGGCGAUGCCUUCAGCAGUGGCCAACUUUAAGCAGAAACAAGAGUUUUUGGACCUUGAGGCAUAUUUCCCAUUUGAUCCACUCGUGUUACCCUUGAGCAAGAGGAUAGUGAGAGUAAAUUUUGUAGAGUGGUCAGAGGUCAACCCCGAGGAAGAAGAUGACGAAGAUAGUGGUUCUGGAAGCCAUAUAGACGACGAUGAUGAAGAGGAAGAUGAAGAGGAAGAUGAAGAAGACGAAGAGGAUGAUGGUGAUAGUAGUAGUGACGAAGAGGAUGAUGACGAAGCUAGUGACGACGAUUCAAUGAAUGAGGAUGAUUAA